AUGAAGACCAAGCUCAAGUCUUCUGAGCAGUACAGUUGUCUUCUUAUUAUAAAGGCUGACAAUUUCACACAAAACAAAGCAGAGUCUAAGCGCUUUGGCUGGAACGGGCAUGAUAGAAUAAUGGAGACCCAUUUGAACUCCAAAGGAAAAGCAAAGGCAGCAAUGAAGAAUAAAGUUUCUGGGAAGGCCAUUUUAUUCAGCAUCACCUGUAGCACUAACAAGAGAGGGCUUUAUGGAGAUAAAGAAAUCAGCAGUGACAUGAUGCAGAGCACUGGCCCUGGGGGAUGGCGUUGGGGGUGCGCGGGGGCUGCGGGUCUUUGUCACGGACUCAGCGCUGCUUGCAGGGAGAGCCAAGUGGAGCUGCGGGAGCACAUCGACAGCCUGGCGACAGAGCUGUGCCGAAUCAAUGAGGACCAGAAAGUGGCUCUGGACCUCGAUCCCUAUGUGAAGAAGCUGCUGAACGCCCGGCGCAGGGUGGUGCUGGUGAACAACAUCCUGCAAAACGCCCAGGAGAGGCUGCGGCGGCUGAACCACAGCGUGGCCAAGGAGACGAUGCGCAGGAGGGCGAUGCUGGAGGCAGCAGGCGGAUACCCCCAGGGUCUGCCCAGCAAGUGAGCCCCACUGCAGCACCCAGCAGGACCCACAGCCGCCCCUGGGAGCUGGGAUGGAGCAGGAGAAGCUCCGAGCGGGGAGGUGCCUUGCAGAGCUGGGAGCCCCGUGUUGGCAGCACAGGAGGGAGCCCCACGCUGCAGCGUGCGGUGCUUCAGCUGCAGCGUAAGGAACUGGGGGACUCUUUUGUGUUUUUAGGGUUGUAGGCAUUGUAAUAAAAGGGACUGCGUGUUGCUUACGGAA